AGCAUAAUGCUCAUAAUUCAUACAGCAGCUUCCUCGAUGUAGCAUCAUAUCUGUGACCAAGAUUCUGAAUCAGUGGAAAAGCAUAGCCUAGCUACCUAACAAUGGGAUUCAAUUUGCUCUAGAAGUUAGGGCGUGUGAUGCACAGUUCGAUGGCCACUUGUUCGCAGGACUUUUGAUCGAUCAUAGGGCGAAAGAGAGCAAUUUCCAUACUGCAAUAGCGCAUGCGUUGUUAUUACACCACACUCUCCUUCUCUCGCACACAAAACCUCCAAAGGCCCAGUUUUUGCUUACGUCCUAAACUCAACCACUCACACACCACACGCGCGGUGCUAGACUCUCCUCGGAAAGGAUAAACGGAAGAUUUAGCUUUCAUACAUCAUCAUCUUCAUCUAGCACAUAGUAGUACACCCUUUUCGCCAGCAUUCUUCACAGUGUGACCAUUCGUCACUGAUUGCAUUGAAACAUCCUUCUCGUGUGAUAGUGAUUGGGAGUGUGUGUGUGUGUGUUGGCAUGUGUGGUGUCACAACUAAAUGUGAACAUCGUUGUGGUAUUAUUCUGGCCCUAGUGUUCGCCAAAGUCGGCAAUUAGAUGCGGGGAAACAACACGGGACGAACAGUGAGAGAGAACUUUGGUCGUAGCAAGUGAUUUCUGAUUAUGAAUUGAAAAGAAAACAACGUAAAAGCCAACAUAUGAAUCAUGUGAUACGACACCAUCGUUUAAGUGAUUAGUUAAAUAGUCGAGGACUCUCGUUUGUGUGACACCCAAACCAAACACCCCAAAUAGUAUGCUAACGUGAGGCUACUUUUUGCAUGGAACCGAUAAGUGACCAAAUGAAUGCGUGAAUUGGACUAGAAGCAUCGAAACACGGAGAUAAGAACGAAUCUCAAGACCGAAAGUAAAAAAAGCAAGCUCUACCAAGAGAGUCGAGUACAAGAAGCCCGCGCGCACCGCCAAAAGGUUCAUUAUAAGGAGCUAAAGUAGCAGGAAAACGAGGCGUGUGUGUGUGGGUUGUUGGACGGUUGGGCCGAUUUUGUGAAAAACAGACCCCUUUAUAUGGUCACAGACUUUUUAAACAUAAUUUGCUGGCUUUUUGAAUCCAUUCAUUAAUACCUGGUGAAUAUACCAAAACCAAAACAAACCGCUCAGCUGCUAGUAUGGCAGAGAAAGUUGUAAAUGAAAAGAAUGGCCAGUGUGACAAUCUCAGAACAUCGCUUCCGGUUCCUAUGUUCUCGCGGAAUGAUUUCAACAUCUGGUCAGUACUGAAGAAUUGCAUCGGCAAGGAGCUAAGCAAAAUCACAAUGCCGGUUGUAUUUAACGAGCCGCUCAGUUUUCUGCAGCGUAUGACCGAGUACAUGGAGUACGCCAAGCUGCUGCGCGUUGCAUCGGAACAGGCGACUCCGCUGGAGCGGUUGAAGUACGUUUCCGCAUUUGCCGUUUCAGCGUUGGCCUCCAACUGGGAGCGUCUCGGGAAGCCCUUCAAUCCGCUGCUGGGCGAAACGUACGAGCUCACGCGCCCCGAUUUUCGGAUCAUAUGUGAGCAGGUGUCACAUCACCCGCCAAUAUCCGCAUUCCAUGCCGAUUCGGACAGCUUCCGGUUCCACGGAUCCAUUCAUCCGAAGCUCAAGUUUUGGGGCAAAAGCGUCGAGAUACAGCCCAAGGGCACUGUGACGGUCGAGUUUCCCAAACUCAACGAGGCGUACUCGUGGAGCAAUGUCAACUGCUGCGUGCACAACGUGAUCGUGGGCAAGCUGUGGAUCGAGCAGUACGGAAUGAUGGAGGUGGUAAGCCAUCAGCAUGGCAUGAAGGCCACCCUCAACUUUAAACCUUCCGGGUGGAACAACAAAGAUUUGCACCGCGUCGAGGGCUACAUCACGGACAGAAACAAACGCAAAACACAUUUCCUUUACGGAAAAUGGACCGAGUUUAUUAAAUGCACCGACUACGCAUCCUACGAGGAAUACGUCAAGGAAAAUGCGCACAAGUUUAAGCGCAACGCGGACGAUCGCAGCAAAAGUCCCAACGAAUCGCCUGGAAAUACACCACGCAAGGUGUUGUCCAAGCUUAACAGCUUGAAAAUGAGCUCCUUCAAAAGCCUUUCCAUACAGGAGCCCGAUGAUCCACCGGAACCGUCAGAGGGUGACAUUCCCAAGAGCGAUUCUACUUAUUCGAUCGACAUUCCAAACUCCGUUGCCCUGUGGGAGGCCGAAUCACGCCCUGCCAACACGGCCGAGUACUACCAAUUUACCAACUUUGCCAUGUCCCUGAACCAGCUGGAGGAUCACAUGAAGCAGCCCCGUGCCCUGUGCCCGACCGAUUCGCGCCUCCGGCCCGACAUACGAAAGCUCGAGCAGGGCGAUCUGGAUGGCGCGGCAGCGGAGAAAACGCGGCUCGAAGAGAAACAGCGCGAAACCCGCAAGAAAAGCAAAAAAGGCCAGGAGGAGCUGGUAAUCUUUCCCCGAUGGUUCAAACAGGAAACCAAUCCACACACCAAGCAAGAGGAUUGGAUCUACAAGGGCGGUUACUGGGAGCGUAACGAUGACAAUCUGGAGCUGGAUAUAUUUUAAAUGCUCUUCCAAACGUACCGUGGACAGACAGACAUAACACAAAUGACCCGUUGAAGUGAAAUGCUACCGUUACUACUAUUUACUACUCAGUGUACCAUCCUUACACGCAGGAAUGCAGAUCUUUCCUGCGAGAACUUUCGUUUGCUUCUUCCUAACAUAAGGCGGACUUACUUUUUCCCAGAUUUCCCCGACGCUAAGGGACACUAAGUAAUUGAAUUGAUGUAAUGGAAUUAUGUGAACAGGAACACGAGUUUAAUGCUAUUUUUGCUACCAACACUAUACACAGCGGUCCUCCAUUUCCAGUCCACAACCAAAAUGAUGAAUAUGAAUAGAGCAAAACACGAAACAUGCAGGAAACAUGGUACACAUUUCCGGGAACCAAAUACGGAAACACUUGGGACAAUAUAAUUUUAGAUUGUAAGAUGUACGAGUGGCGCAGCAAUUUUGGAGUCUCAUUUUACGACCAUUUAACCACACAUUCACAAACAAGCAACACAAACACAUACUCUAAAGCAACAUGGGAAAGGGACAAUAGAAAGGAUUGGGUCAAUUAAUGACAACAUAUUGCACAGAAACUGGCUUCACACAGCCAACAGCAGGCAGGCAAGCAGUAUUAGGCAUUACAUGCGUUUUUGCGAUUCCUUUAGAAUGAAAACAAAAAACGAACUGGUCGUUACUUUCUGUAGUCGCGUUAUACAGCAGCGCUGCAUCGCAUCAAUGAACGAGCAAAUGCUUCAUCAGUAGAAGAGAUGGAUAUAAAUAUGUAGAAGUCUUACAAUACAGUGUAUCAAACCGUAGCAGAAGCCCGCCCCUAUUUAAUAUAGCAUAAUUUGUUGAGGUGUCUAUAACAACAGAAAGGAAAUGUAACGCAAAGUUACUACAGCGUAUCUAUUACUAGAAAUGUAAAUGUAUCUCUCAGCUACGUUGGGACAUGUUACAACAUAUAUGGUUAAUAAAAGCUACAUAGUCGCUGCAACAACCAAAAA